AUGGGGCACAAGUCGCGGGCGGCGUCGGGCUGGGACGAUCACGUGCCAAGUGAACUUGGGAUGAACGCGGUGUGGGGGCGCGGGCGAGGGCAGAAGCCGGGCAAAUGCGGAGUGGAAGCGGGAACGGGGCAGAAGAGGGGCCAGAGGUCAACGGCUGAGAAGAAAGUGAUGGAGGACUUGUGAUUUCUCUAUUAGAUUGCUUAUCCCAGUUACACUAGAAGACACAUUUUACUAAACAGAAUAUCGGCGCUACACAUCGUUAUAUCUGAUUCGGCGAAAUGUUCAGGUAAAUUACUUCGAAGUUGAUUACCCUGUGGAAUAUGUGAGUAGAGAAAAGUUCUAUUAAAUGAAAAAUCUUGUUUGUGUGGAACGAGCCGAGUUUGAGAAGUACUGGCUCCUGGGUUUUGAUGUCGUUUGUAUUAAUUUGCUAACGGAAUGUGGCUAAGAUUAAGAUCACGAUGAACUCAUAGAUAGUUAAUUUUUGAUAAGAGGAACAUUUUUC